AUGGCGUCCAGCGCAGCCAGCGGCGAUGCCACAAACAUCCUGCCAGCCUCUGCGCCUCCCACACUGACGCAGCAGGACGACGCACUCUCGCGCCUGCCCACGGACAUCUCCAGCCCGCACGAGCUGACCGACUGGCUCGAUGCUGUGCUGGACCGCCUGGAGAACAAGUUCCAGAGCGCCAACCACCAAUAUGAUGUCAGGAUGCAAGAGAUGACUGAACGCAUCGAUUCGCUGGAGAACUCUAUUCAAGGCUCAGUCUCGAGCAAGGCCGGCUCCGAAAACGUACAUAGCCCACGCCAGGGGAACAGCGAGUGA